AUGCUCCCUGAAUUUGUGGUGUGGUCGGAGAGCCUGACCGGCACCUUGCUCCGGCUUCCGCGUUUCUUCUCUGGCGAGCUUCCAUCCUCGGGGCUCGAUGGUCUCUGGCUACAGGCCGAUGGCUACUGCAGCAGAGCUUCGUGGGUCGGGGCUGAGGUCGCCGCCUCCGGUGGCGUGGUCCUGACCCGCGGCUGGCAGACGUUUGCCCGCGUGCGAGGCCUGGGCGAAAGGUGCACCCUCCACUUCAAGUACAAUGGUCUGGCGACCCUCUACGUGAGGGUGUUCAGGGAGGACGGCCGCCGCGUGGAGUGCUGCUCGAAGGAUGGCAGCAACGACAUGGGUGGCGAAGGUGAGCUUGGCCUUGGUGGCGCGCGCUCCUCUUCUCGCGACGGCAGCUCUUCCUCGGAUGAGAGCUCGAGCAGUGGUGGCUAG